GAUCGACUUUCAUUUUCAUGCAUUGCUUUCUGUAUUUUACAUACAAAUCAGUAAUAGAAAACGAUCCGAAUAAAUAAACAUAAAAUAGCGUGGUAGCUACAGCGAGUUCCACGCACACACGCAUAUGUAGAGAGAGGAAGGGAGAGGGAGAUAGAUCCGGCUUGUGUCUUCUAUUAUUCCGGGGUGGAGCAGCUGCGGGUUGAUCACAGAUACAAUGUCGUCAAUGCACGCCAAAACAGACUCAGAGGUGACCAGUCUAGCAGCAUCUUCCCCAACAAGGUCACCUCGCCGUCCGGUCUACUACGUGCAGAGCCCCUCCCGUGACUCCCACGAUGGCGAGAAGACCACCAACUCCUUCCACUCCACCCCCAUCCUCAGCCCCAUGGGCUCCCCUGGCCGCCACUCCCGCGACUCCUCCUCCACCCGCUUCUCCGGCUCCCUCAAACCCGGCUCCGCCCGAUCCGGCCGCAGACACCACCACCACCACCACCGCAAGACCGAUGAUAAGCAAUGGAAGGAGUUCGAUGCUAUCGAAGAAGAGGGUCUUCUUGAAGACGACGGAGCUCACACUGGUCUCUCUCGUCGCUACUACUUACUCGCUUUUCUUGUUGGUUUCUUCCUCCUCUUCACAUUAUUUUCUUUGAUCUUGUGGGGUGCAAGUCGAAAUCAGAGACCCAUCAUCACAAUGAAGGGUAUCACAUUUCAUCAAUUUGGGAUUCAAGCUGGUGCAGAUGCGUCGGGAGUGGCGACGGAGAUGAUAUCGAUGAACUCCACAGUGAAGCUCAUUUUUCGUAACACCGGUACAUUUUUCGGGGUACAUGUGACAUCAACAUCUCUAGAUCUCUCAUAUUCUCAACUCACUGUAGCCACCGGAACAAUAAAUAAGUUCUAUCAAUCAAGAAAGAGUCAGAGAACAAUAACAGUGACCCUGAACGGAAAUAAUAUCCCACUAUAUGGAGGGGGUGCCGACUUGAGCAGUAAAGAUGGGGUUCCUACAGCACCAGUGCCAUUGACAUUGAACUUCAUGGUUCGAGCCAGAGCCUACGUUCUAGGCAAACUGGUCAAGCCCAAGUUCUAUAGGAGGGUUCAGUGCUCGGUGGUUUUGGACCCAAAGAAGAUGAAUGUGGCUAAUGCACUGAAGAAUUUGUGCACUUACAUGUAAGGAUAAAAAUUGUCAACUUAAAAGCAGACAAGCACACAGUGGUUGAUUUUAUUUAUAUUAUUAUUUUUUACUUUGAAUCAUAAAUGAAUCAUGGGGUUGAAGGAAGGAAAGAGCAUUGCAGUUUCGUGCUUUGUUUUGAUAUGAUUUUUUAGUCAUUUAUUAUUUAAAUGGGACAAGGUGGAUACAGCUAUGGCGCAUGGUGGUAACGGUUAGGCAGACCUGGGAUUUACGGGCAGGAGUUGACCUCCUUGAGGUGAGGAAAUGGUUUGGCUGCCCGUUGCCCGUGAUAUCAGGGAAUUGGAAAUUUGGGAAUUAUGAGUUGUUUAUUACGGUGAUUUUAUUUGUAUUUUAUGUUUGUAACAUUAUUUACAUAUGUGUUAUAUACAGAGAA